AUGCAGCCGGUCGGGGGCGGGGCUCCGAGUCCGGGAUGCGGCCCCGGGCUCCCCGGCAGCCUCCGCCAGCUGGACCCCGUCGCGCUCCUGAUGCUGCUCGUGGACGCCGGCCGGCCGGAGCCCGUGCGCAGCGGGGCGCGCGAGCUCGCGCUCUUCCUGACCCCCGAGCCCGGGGCCGAGGCGAAGGAGGUGGAGGAGACCAUUGAGGGGAUGCUCCUCAGGCUGGAAGAGUUCUGCAGCCUGACUGACAUGAUCAGGAGCGACACUUCACAGAUCUUGGAGGAAAGCAUCCCGCUCCUUCAGGCCAAAGUGACAGAAAUGCGUGGCAUCUAUGCCAAAGUGGACCAGCUAGAGGCCUUCGUCAAGAUGGUUGGGCACCACGUCUCCUUCCUGGAGGCCCACGUGCUUCAGGCCGAGCGGGACCACGGGGCCUUCCCGCAGGCUCUGCGGAGGUGGCUGGGCUCCGCGGGGCUUCCCUCCUUCAGGAAUAACCCGCCGGCGCCCCUGCCCUUCGAGCUGCCCGCGCUGUACCGGACGGAGGACUACUUCCCCGCGGCCGCCGGCCAGGCCGCUCUGCGCACCCCCGGCCCCCGGCGCCGGCGCGUGUGAGCCUCCGCAGCCGCGGGGUCGGCCUGUCCUGCUGCUGUCCCUUUCCGCUUUGAAUCCCCUCCCUCGCUGCACGGGAAGCCACGCGGUUCGGAGACGCGUGUGGGGCCCACGCGGGGCGGGGCCCGAGCGCCCACCUGGACCAGGAGCUUCCCGCCGGGGCUGGGCCUGCCCGGGGUUCUGGGCCGCGGGCGGGCGGGUCUGAGCAGCCUCCGUGGUUCCAGGCCCCGGGACUCGGAGCCCCCCCACCCCCAGCCCACCCCCCACCCCCCCGUCUCUCUGUGAAGGGCUCUGCGUGGGAAUCAUGUGGGGCCCGCUCGGUGCCCCCAGGCGCACGGCUCCCGGUUCACCUGCGGUGGUUGACUUGUAUGCGAACCCCAGUGCCCGCCGGCCUGUGAAUCAUCUCAAUAAAGAUGUCAAGAGGUCA